UUCCGCCGCGCGGUGCCUUGUGGGAAAAGCGAAGGGGUUUCGCUGCGUUGUUGUUGUGUUUCUUUUUACCUCAGGCCGAGACCCGCGGCGGCGGCGGCGGCGAGAGCGAAGAUGCCGGAGCGGGAGAGUGAGCCGUUCUCUAAUCCUCUGGCCCCAGAUGGCCAUGAGGUGGAUGACUCUCAUUCUUUUCACCAAUCUAAACUGACCAAUGAAGACUUCCGAAAACUUCUUAUGACCCCACGAGCAGCUCCAACAUCUGCACCACCUUCCAAAUCUCGCCAUCAUGAGAUGCCAAGAGAGUACAAUGAAGAUGAAGAUCCAGCUGCUCGGAGGAGAAAAAAGAAAAGCUACUAUGCAAAGCUACGCCAACAAGAGAUUGAGCGAGAGAGGGAGCUGGCUGAGAAAUACAGGGACCGUGCAAAGGAGAGAAGAGAUGGUGUCAACAAGGACUACGAGGAAACGGAGCUGAUCAGCACAACAGCUAACUACAGGGCAGUGGGACCCACUGCAGAAGCGGACAAAUCAGCUGCAGAAAAGAGGCGGCAGUUGAUUCAGGAGUCCAAAUUCUUGGGUGGUGACAUGGAGCACACUCACUUGGUGAAGGGUCUGGAUUUUGCUUUGCUACAGAAGGUGCGUGCUGAGAUUUCCAGCAAAGAAAAGGAAGAAGAGGAACUGAUGGAGAAGCCCCAAAAAGAAACCAAAAAAGAUGAAGAUCCAGAAAACAAAAUUGAAUUCAAGACUCGUUUGGGUCGAAACAUCUACCGAAUGCUAUUCAAGAGCAAGGCGUAUGAGCGAAAUGAGCUCUUCCUGCCAGGGAGGAUGGCGUAUGUGGUGGAUCUUGAUGAUGAAUAUGCAGACACAGAUAUUCCUACCACCUUGAUCCGAAGCAAGGCAGAUUGCCCUACCAUGGAGGCCCAAACAACACUGACUACAAAUGACAUCGUUAUCAGUAAACUGACCCAGAUUCUUUCCUACUUGAGGCAAGGCACUCGUAACAAAAAGUUGAAGAAGAAAGACAAAGGAAAACUAGAUGAAAAGAAACCUCCAGAAGCAGAUAUGAGUAUUUUUGAGGACAUUGGUGAUUAUGUGCCGUCUGCUGCAAAAGUGCCACGAGAGAAGGAGCGAGAGAGGUACAGGGAACGGGACCGAGAGCGGGAAAGAGAGAGAGAGAGAGACAGGGAACAUGAGAGAGAUCGUGAGCGCGACCGAGAGAGAGAGCGUGAACGUGAGGAGGAGAAGAAGAGGCACAGCUACUUUGAGAAACCCAAAGCUGAUGACGAGCCCAUUGAUAUCGACAAAGGACCUGGCUCAGCCAAAGAGUUGAUUAAAUCAAUCAAUGAGAAGUUUGCUGGAGCAGGUGGCUGGGAAGGGCCAGAAUCAUUAAAAAAGCCUGAAGACAAAAAGCAAUUGGGCGACUUCUUUGGGAUGUCAAACAGCUAUGCUGAAUGCUACCCUGCAACCAUGGAUGACAUGGCUGUGGAUAGUGAUGAAGAAGUAGACUACAGCAAAAUGGAUCAGGGAAAUAAAAAGGGACCCCUUGGUCGCUGGGACUUUGACACACAAGAAGAAUAUAGCGAGUAUAUGAAUAACAAAGAGGCUCUGCCCAAAGCGGCUUUCCAGUAUGGAAUUAAGAUGUCUGAAGGCCGUAAGACACGUCGUUUCAAGGAGACCAAUGACAAAGCAGAGUUGGAUCGGCAGUGGAAAAAGAUCAGUGCGAUCAUCGAGAAAAGGAAGAAGUUGGAGGCUGAUGGGGUUGAGGUGAAGAGACCAAAAUAUUGAAGUUACCGUGAACUCCUGGCCCCUUCAGCUGUAUUGGAGAUGGGGCUUUGAUGGAAGUGUUUAGAUCUUCUUCCUGCUCUGGAGCAAAGCUAAUUUGUUUCCUGCUCUCAGAAUCAUGUCUUGGGCAUAUAAGCACAAAGGGCAACUGCUGAGGAACCUUCUUGCCACAUCUCCUUGUCCUGUAUUGGCAGCACUGGUGCCUGUUCACUGGGAGCCUGUACUUUAGGUUUUUGUGGCUUGUAAUCCUUUUAGAUGCAAUAAAAUCUCUUAUUGGUGUCUGUAUUACAAA